AUGUUCAUAGGAACCCAGAGGUGCACCGACUGUCCCUCAUCUCCCAUCAAAGAGCUAUAUGCUCGGGCCAUUGGACAAGGGUGGACAACAGUUUUCACGCUCAACGAACCUGACUUGCCUGUCGGCGGAACAUCGCCAGCUGACGCGGCAGGGUGGUAUAUACGGUGGAUAAACCCACUAAAUAUCACCAAGGCAAUUCCAGCUGUGACAUCGAGUACGGUUGCAGGCCAAGGGCUUGAUUGGGUAGACGGGUUUAUUCGAGCCUGCGCAGGACAGUGUUUCUUCGAUUACAUCAACCUACACUGGUAUGGUUCGUCUUUCGAAGAGUUCAAGGCGCAUAUAGAGGGCGCACGUAACAGGUUUCCUGGGUAUAAGUUCGUAAUCACUGAGUUUGCGUUGCUCCCUCCCGCUACACGGGAAGACCAAACAGCCUUCUUGAAUAAUGCUAUGACAUACUUAGAUAACACAACUUAUGUGGAAUACUAUGCGAUAUUCCUUGCCACUUCUCCUGCCUUGAUUACGAAUAACAAUGGUGGCUCCGAUUACGCCGGAACCACAUCGACUUUGUUCGGUGAUGAUGGCAGCUUAACGCUUAAUGGGGUCGCCGAAUGGGACGCCCGCGAGCGCGUUAGGCGGGCUAGCCUGAUCUCCGGUUACCCCGAGGCUACCGAUCCGGUCGCACCGAGUACGGACAGUCGUCAGCUCAUAGUUUCUCCUUCAACUCAACUCACACUUUUCUUCUACACAACCAUGUCUUCUAUGUCCAAGAUAGCUACUAUUGCUGUGGCAUUGCUCACCGCGGCACCAUCCGCUCUGGCAGGAAAGCGUGGUCUCGCAUGGCCUUGGUACAACGAAGGGAGCAACCUGAACCCUACUGCACUAGCGAACGGCAAUGGAAACGUUCAAUGGAUCUACAACUGGGAGACCUGGCGCCCUGCCGUGACCACUAACAUGAACUGGAUUGGCAUGCAGCGCUGCAUGGAUUGCGACUCCUCGCCAAUCUCUCAGCUCAAGACACGUGCUGCCCAACAGGGCUGGAAUACGGUCCUUACGCUCAACGAGCCCGAUAUCAAUGGCAUCUCUGCUUCGAGCGCCGCUAACUGGUAUAUCCAAUACAUCAAUCCUCUCCAAAUCAGAAAAGCUAUUCCUUCCGUUACUUCCAGUACCACCCCAGGUCAGGGACUUGACUGGGCUGCUGCCUUUAUCUCUGCCUGCGGCGGUCGUUGCUAUUUUGACUAUAUCAACAUCCACUGGUAUGGUAACAACUUUGCACAAUUCCAGUCCCACGUUCAAAACGCUCAUAAUCGUUUCCCCAACUACCAAUUGAUUAUCUCUGAGUUUGCUUUAGUAUCACCCGCCACUCGUGACCAGCAGGUUUCUUUCCUGAAGCAAGCUAUGUCAUUCCUUGAUGGUGCCUCAUAUGUCACCUACUAUGCUGUGUUCGGUGCUAGUUCACCUUCCAAGAUUUCUGCGAACACCGGUGGAGGAGAGGUCGGCACAGGCUCAUCUCUCUACAACGACGAUGGAAGUCUUUCUGCUAACGGUGUCGCUUACCGUGGAUAG